AGCCCUCUCCGGGGACCCCUUUGUUCGCAGCCCAGACGCCGACACCUCCGCGUCCCCCCGGGACCUGACGCGUCCAGGAGCCUAGUUCCGAGCCGGUGCAGGGAGGGUCCCCAGGUCCCAGACAUGUCGCGCUCCUUCUAUGUGGACUCGCUCAUCAUCAAGGACUCCUCCCGGCCGGCGCCCCCGCUGCCCGAGCCGCACCCCGGGCCGGACUUCUUCCUCCCUCUGGGCAUGCCAUCUCCCCUGGUGAUGUCUGUGGCGGGACCCGGCUGCCCGUCCCGCAAGAGCGGCGCGUUCUGUGUUUGUCCCCUCUGCGUCACCUCGCACCUGCACGCCUCUCGGGGGCCGGCGGGCGGCGGGGGCGCCGGCGGCGGGGGCGCGGGGCAAGGGGCGGCCGGGGCGGCUGGUGGCGCGGGGGCCCUGCCCUUGCUCAAAAGUCAGUUCUCCCCGGGACCAACGGACGCGCAGUUCUGCCCGCGCGUCAGCCACGCUCACCACCACCCUCACCCGGCUCCGCACCACCACCACCACCACCACCACCACCCGACCUCGCAGUCCGGUCCCGUGGCGGCGGCAGCAGCGGCGGCGGCGGCGGCGGCGGCAGCGGCACUGGGACACCAGCAGCACCACGCACCUGUCUGCGCUGCCAGCACCUACAGCGUGGCGGACCCGCGAAGACUCCACUGUCUCGCCAUGGGGGGCCCCGACGCCAGCCAGGUGCCCAACGGCAAGCGGAUGCGCACGGCCUUCACCAGCACGCAGCUUCUGGAGCUGGAGCGCGAGUUCUCGUCCAACAUGUACCUGUCCCGCCUCCGGAGAAUCGAAAUCGCCACGUACCUGAACCUGUCAGAGAAGCAGGUGAAGAUCUGGUUCCAGAACCGCCGGGUGAAGCACAAGAAAGAAGGGAAGGGCACGCAAAGGAACAGUCACGCCGGCUGCAAGUGCGUCGGCGGUCAGGCGCACUAUCCGCGCUCGGAGGAUGAAGACUCCUUGUCGCCGGCCUCCGCCCAAGACGACAAGGACAUUUCCCCGUUAUGAGCGGGUCCCGCCCUCCCCACUCACCGCGAGCUCUGGGACCUCCCACCCCCACCCCAGACCCACGCGGCGGGAACCCAGGGGCCAAAAUCAGGGCGCAUUUUCUCCGCUCCCCCUCCCAGGGGACAGGCAGAACUCCGCGUUCCAGGGGCGCACCGCCGCCCGAGAGUCUCCUGCACCUGCGGGCACGGGGCUCCGCAUACACUUUUAGAUUGUUUGUUAAAUGUAAAUCAUCUAGCAUUCAACUCAGACUUGUCCUACAACCGGAAAAGGAAGGAAGGGAGGGAGG